GUCGUUGACUUGGAUUCUCCUUCUCUGUUUUCUCCCCAUAUAAUUCUCCUCCCCGUCGUCCGCCCCCCAACUUCUGCCGAGCUCUUCUCUCAGCUGAUCUCGAGCACUGCGAGUCUCCUUGGACGGUUGCUUGACCUCGUCGAGUUGUGAUGGCCGUCGAUCUGAUGGGCCUCGGGAAGAUGGACGAUCUGAUGGCGAUGCAGGAGGCGGCCGCCGCUGGGAUCCGCAGCUUGGAGCACCUCGCUUUGCAGCUCUCCACCCACCAACCACCACCGGACUGCCGCGAGAUCACCGACCUGAAGGUCUCCACGUUCAAGAGGGCGAUCUCCGUCGUAAACCGCACCGGCCACGCCCGCUUCCGCCGGGGUCCGGUCCCCGCUCCCCCUCCCCCUCCCCCUCCCGAAGUCGCUGCAUCGGAGACCCUGAGCCUGUUCGUUGAACCACCGAAGCCGCAGCAGCCGCCCCCCCAGCGUCCGGUUGUAGCGCCGAAGGCCCUCAACCUGGACUUCACCAACCCCAAAGGCGAACCCGCCGCGACGCCCGUGAACCUUAGCUUCGGCUCAUCGAGCACGACGUCAUCCGGCAAUUCGUCGUUCCUCUCGGCGGUCACCGGCGACGGCAGCGUCACUAACGGCAAGAUAGGGCCGGCCAUCCUCGCAGCGGCCGCCCCCUGCGUCGGGAAACCGCCUCUCUCAUCGUCCCACAAGAAGCGAUCCCUCGAUGAUGGCCACACCCACGGUCACGGUGAUGCAGCCGUGGGGAAGCACGCCGGCCCCGGCAACCGCUGCCACUGCUCCAAGAAAAAGAAGCAUCGGGUAAAAACGACGAUACGCGUGCCGGCGAUAAGCUCGAGGAACGCCGACAUACCGCCCGACGAGUACUCGUGGCGUAAGUACGGGCAGAAGCCGAUCAAGGGCUCCCCUUACCCAAGGGGAUACUACAAGUGCAGCAGCGUGCGCGGGUGCCCGGCGCGGAAGCACGUGGAGCGGGCGCCCGACGACCCUUCGAUGGUGAUCGUGACGUACGAGGGGGAGCACCGGCACGCCCUGAACCCGAUGGCCAUCUCAACCGACGGCGUGGUCGUCGACCCGCCUAACCAGGGCGGCUCAUCCUUCAGAGGUCCCUUUUGAGCCGCGGGAAUCCUACGUCUCCCUUUCUUUCGAGGAUUUGUGGUAGAUCUGUAAAUUAGGCGAAUAGGAAAGAAAACAGUUCAAAAAAAAAAAAAAGCUGGGUUUGAUGAUUUCAUCGUA